AUGCUGUCAACCCGGUCUGGUCUGGUGCCGGUACCGUCCCGAAGCCAGGUAGCAUACGAAGAACGCAUCAGCCAGAAUAUCACGACCCUCACCACCACGAAUGCCAACACCCUCGACGGCAUCCUGCAGGGCCUCCUCUACGUCCCCGACAUCUCGUCGAACCCCUCCUGCGACAGCCUCCAGUACGACUAUAUACCCCACAACGUCACCCGCCGUGCGGACCUCCCCCCCACGAACUACAAGCUCGUCGCCCUGGCCCCCUGGUUCAGCAUAGACUGCACCGAGGCCUACCUCGCCUCCGCCCGCUUCGACCCCAUACAGGGCCUCAUCUUUUACAAGCCCAACAACUCGACCGACAAGCCCCAAGAUGUCGACUCGCCCGUCUGGAACCUCGACGACGAUGGCGCCUGGAAGAAGUCGAACCUGUACCCCGUCUUCGCCGUCCCGGGGCUCCAGGGCCAGAAGAUGAUGUCGGAGCUGAGCCUGUACUCGGGCAACGUCAGCAGCAUCCCCCACGGCGACGAGAUCGCCGAGCUCUACGGGCCCAACCCCAGCGACUAUGUCCGCAUCUGGACCGAGCUCGAGAUGGAGAGCCCCUCCAACGCCCUGGCCCUGUGGAUCUUCUUCAUCAUCGUCAUCGGCUCCCUCGUCUUCAUCAUCCUCGGCGUCUCCCUCACCAUGCACCUGAUCCAGCGCAACCGCCGACGCGCCCUCCGCCGACGCGUCGAGUCGGGCGAGGUCGACCUCGAGGCCAGCGGCAUCAAGCGGGUCACCGUCCCCGCCAGCCACGUCAAGGAGUUCCCCAUCUUCACCUACAACGCUGAGCCCGAGCUCUCGUCAGCUUCCGGUGCCGGCAGCACCGUCCCCUCCACACCGAGCUCCGUCGCGGGAUCCAGGUCGGUCCGGUCUUCGAGAUCCCGCAGCAGCCGGAGACGUCACAGCCAACAACACCAGCACCACCAGCACCACCAGCACCACCAUCACCACCACAACGACAGCCGCAGCGUGAUAUCCGAUAUCCGACCGCCGGGGAGCAUCAGGAGCAAGAGGUCCAGCCUGGUGGGUUCCGUCGACACGACGGCCACCAACGCCCAGCCGAGCUGCCACAUCUGCCUGGGGCCCUUCGAGCACCGCGUCUCCGUCAUCCGCGAGCUCAGCUGCGGCCACAUCUUCCACCCCGAGUGCAUAGACGAGUUCCUGACUAGCAACAGUUCCCUGUGCCCCAUGUGCAAGCACUGCAUGCUGCCGCGGGGGUACAGCCCUAAGAUCACGAACGGCAUGGUCCGGCGGGAGAGGGCCCUGCGCAAGCUCCGCGGUCGCGUCGACCUCGAGAACCUGACGUCUCCCAACGGCCACCACCCAUACUACCAGGCCGGCAGGGGCGCACCGCCGUGGUGGCGCCGACUGUUCCUCUUCCUAGGCUCCCCGUCGUCGUCGUCGUCGUCGUCGCAGAAUCAGCAUCAGCAUCAGCACCAGCAUCAGCGGCAGCAGCGGUCGUCGUCGUCGGAGAACAGGACCACGCCGGAGUCUCAGGUGCCCAUGACGCCCCUCAAGCCGCGCGACGACUCGAGAGGAUCAGAUGAGAGUGCCGCCGGCCUGGCGGAGGAAGGCGUCGAGCCCGCCAGCAUCACCACAGCACCCGAACCAGAUCACCAACACCGCAAUACCACCAAUGACACCAUUGCCGAGGAGGACUGCUCAGGAGGAGAGGGAGAAGCGGACGGCCACCGGCAGCAGCAGCAGCAGCAGCAGCAGCAGCGAGUACCCCAACCGCCGCAACCCGCACACCGACCCCGCAAGAAGAGGAAACCACGGGCUCUGCGUAUGCUGCCCACCCAACCCGAGGAUUCCGAACUGGACACAUCCGCAGCAGCAGAGCAGCAGCAGCAAUAUUCUCAGGAUCGCCCCCCUCGUCGCCCUCGCCCUCGUCCAGCCGCGGCGGCGGCGGCAGCAGCAGCCUCUGCCGUCCUGGGCGGCCGCAUCAGCCCCUCAUCCUUUGCGAGGGAGCGUAUGCGCGCCAUUGCCGCCAAGAAUGCGCCUUUUGACGAUCCGGACGAUCAGCGACCAAAGUCUUGGGGAGCUUGA